CACUGCAGGACAGCGAGACGCGGACCACGUGAUUCUGCAGAAAGCCGCGGGAAAACUGUCACAUUAUACAUGUAUUAGGGGAUCGGCUGCAUAUCGGUUUAUUCUUUAUCAUCAGCUGUUGCAUUUCGCAUUCAUUCAUCGCUACUCUUUUGGUGGAGCGAUGUUGACGAACAAACUCUUCACUUUGGUGGUGGUGCGUCGGCCCGGGAUGGUCUUGCUUGGGAUGAAGAAGAGGGGCUUCGGCGCAGGAAGGUGGAAUGGUUUCGGAGGCAAAGUGCAGACUGGGGAAACCAUCGAACACGCAGCUAAGCGCGAGCUUUGGGAAGAAAGCGGCCUUACCGUAGACACACUGGUCAAGAUCGGAAACAUCAAAUUUGAGUUUGUCGGCGAGACGGAGAUCAUGGACGUUCACGUAUUCAGGGCGGACUCCUUCAGUGGAAUCCCUACCGAGUCAGAAGAAAUGAGGCCCAAAUGGUUUGACUGCAGCGAAAUCCCCUACGACCAGAUGUGGCCCGACGACAUCCUGUGGUACCCCCUCAUGCUGCAGGGCAAGAAGUUCCUGGGCUACUUCAGGUUUCAGGGACACGACCUGAUGCUCGAGCAGAAGCUGGAGGAGGUGCAGGAGCUCUGAGUGGGAGAGUGCGGCCAUUUAGCUGCCAUCUGCCAGGAAGUGCGGGUCGGCGUGGCAGCCCUGGCCACUGUGUGCUGGUUUUCAUACUCAUUCGGGAAGCGAGGAAGCGGGAGCAUAAAAAGGAAGCAAAAAUGUGUCCGCCUACUGUAAUGUCUCAGUGGAAGUCAAAGCAACCCACAGCAUUCUUUCCUUGUAAUCCAUUUCAAAAUUCAAAUCCAGAGUAAACAUUAAGGUUUUUCCCUCUUUUACUUGCUUCUCGUGAUGUGUAGAGACUGCUACAGCUCUCUAAACCUAUGUGGUAUCUCAGUGCUUUUUUUGCUUUAGAAGAGAGUCACAGUAGGGUGUAAUAUAGCUAAAAAUAUGGAAAUGUGCAAGUAUUUAGAAAGGACAUGGAUAUUGUACUGGUGACUGGUGGCGCUGAUUCGUCUGCUAAGACCCACUGACCUGCACCCGAGUCUCCUGUGAAAUACUCUUCUGCUAAAUAGGGUGAUUGAUGUUUAAACAUUAGCUUUGGAUUCAGAAUGGACUGCUGGUUAGUUCCAGUGAUGAUGCACACGUUUGCCAGCUGAUAUUUUCAGAAUGGUGCCGCAUGACGGAUACGGCCAUAGCUGGGUCUCUCCCUCUGUUUUUCAUGUUUUAAGAAAAUAUUGGCAUGUUGGACCUUAUUUUUUAAAAAAAAAUAAAAAUUAUUGGUUUAAUGCUCUGAAAUUUGCAAGCAUAGCUUGCAAAUAAUGGUUAUGGAUGUCUAUUCUCAGAAUGGUUAAUGUUAAUAGGAAGCGGAAACCAGCUGUCAAUUUAAACAAAUGAUUUUUUUGUUUUCUAAUUCAUUUUAAAUGUAGCUUGGGUUGUUUCCAUUUCAGGACAAAUACACAAGUGCACAAGUGUGUUUCAAAAACAUUUCAGGCACUUUUCCCUAACAGAGACUUAUUAUAAGAAUGACAGAUAGUGUGGAUGUAUCAAUACUAAAUGCAUAACUGCAGAAAUUGACUAUCAGCCAUCUGGAAAUAAUGUCCACACUUUGCAUUUCUGUUGGACAAAUGAUUUAUGUCCAUUUCAUUUCAAAUACUGUCAUAAUUUAAACUGAUUUGCUGUAAUAUCAAAGAAAACUGAAAAUACAUAGUAACGAUGUACAAUGUUUAUUUCCAUUUGCUCAAAUAUGGAAAUCAGCUGUGAUCAGUUAUGAAUAAAUUUGGAUCUUUGUUAAAAAUGUC